AUGAGCGAUAUUACCGAUUUUAACCCUUUUACUGCCGAGGAAGCGAACGAAUACGCAUAUUUGACGUCUAAUAACGAGAGGGUAACCCCACUUGGACGAGGCAACGUCACAUUGAAUCUCCAGAUGGACGAUGGAAGCGUAAAUAGCUUCAUUCUCGACUGCAUUUGGAACUCAAACGCUCUAUGCAACCUCUUCCCAACCGAGAGAGCCAAGAAAGACUUUAAGAUUUACCAUGACUCUAAGAAUCAGUGCCUCCGCAAUCUCUAUACAGACAACGUGGUUGGAUACACUUACACAGAGCAGAAUGUCCCCUUUAUUCGAACAACCUCACAACCUGCCUCAACGAUCGCAGCAGCCACUUCUCAACUUGAUAGACCUCCCGCGGUCCUUCUUCACGCGCGAUAUGGUCACACAAACGUUGAAUAUCUCGCGAGAAACAAGAUAAAGGUUAAAGGGGAGGAAAACGAGGAGAUCAAACAUUGUGAAGCAUGCCGGCUCGCUAAGGCGAAGAAGAGAAUAUUACAUAAAACAAUGAGCCGUUCGUUUAAGCCAUUACAGAGGAUCCACGUCGAUACUCAGGAGAUCAAACCUCUGGGUGUAUACGGAUAUCGAUAUGUAUUGAUUAUCGUGGACGACUAUUCACGAUGUCUCUUUGUACGCCUUCUCCACCGGAAAAGUGACGCUUCUAAAGAGCUGAAAAAGUUGCAUCUUCACUGGUUCAACCUUACUGGCAAAGAUAUAGCGAUUCUGCACUCCGACGCGACACCUGACUUCAACGAAUACAAAAAGUUCGCUGCAGAGAGGGGAACCGUAUUCGAGGCAACAGCACCUCGCAGUCCUGAGCAAAAUGGACCCUCCGAGCGCUUCAGUGGCUACAUUGUACAGACUGCUAGAGCAAUGAGGAUUGCUGCAGAUCUUCCUGCAGAACUUUGGCCAUUUGCAGUUGAAUCAGCAGUCCAUAUUCUGAAUCGCCUCAUCAGAAAGGGGCAGAGCCAGAUGAAAUCACCUACGCAACUCUUUCGAGAGGGAUUACACCUAUCGGGUGCAGAAACUAACCUUGACCAUAUUCGCAUCUGGGGAUGUAAGGCAUACACAUUUAUUCAUCCUGAAGAUAGACAGAAAUCCGCAAAAAUGAGCGAGAGAUCAAGGAUCGGCUACCUCGUUGGCUAUGUCAACGAGAACACCUACAAGGUCUGGUUCAGAGAUACAGGCAAGAUUAUUACUACGAGAGACGUUACAUUCGAUGAGACCUUCAAAAAGACCGAUAAAGAUAACGAUCUUGAUCUUACAACCUCUAGAACUCCACUUCCACAACCUCCAGAUGAUGAUUCAGGCGCUGCAGUAAAGAUUAUUGCACAGGACCCCCCAAACGAGCGAGAUCUCAUGAAUAAAACUAUGCCACAACAUGUUCAGUCAAUCGAGCAACAUGAGACCCCUAUUCGCGAAGCACUCCCUGCACCCGCCCAGAGGCAGCAAGAACAAGCUCAAGGCGUACGGAUAUCGGGGAGGAAGAACAAAGGUCAAUUUCAGAGCGAGAGAUUCAGCGAUUUCCAAACGAGACCUACAGACCUCGCUAGAACGAGAGAUAGCGAUUCUCCCGAUCCAAUUGCUCAGGCGAUCUUUCCAGCACUCAAAACCUUUGAAAUCAAGGUUCCCGGAACCUAUCAAGCAGCUAUGAAGUCCCCGCAGAAAGAUCUCUGGCAGGCAGCUAUGGAAUCGCAGAUUUCCAAACUUGAAACUAUCCCUGCAUGGGAGACGGUUGACCUGCCUACUCCAAAAACCCGUAUCCUACCGGGAAAAUGGGUAUAUGACCUUAAAAGCGACUCAGAGAACAACGUUGAGCAAUUUCGAGCACGCUGGGUCAUCUGCGGGAAUCACCAGCGAUAUGGAGUUGAUUUCGAUGAAUGCUCGUCACCAGUCAUUGUGGACCUCCUAGUGAAGCUAUUCAUGACCUUUGUGGCCACGAGAGGCCUCAAAUGGCGCCAAUUCGAUAUGGUAACGGCCUAUCUCAACGCUGAAUUGAAAUCUCGAACAAUCUACAUGAUGCAACCAACGGGAUUCACCGAUGGCCGCGUAUGCAGAUUGCUGCGCGCCCUAUACGGGUUGAAACAAUCCGGCCUUCUUUGGAAUAAGGUCUUUGAUCAAGUACUUCAAGAUCUGGGAUUCUGUCCCGCUGAUCAAGAUGCAUGUUGCUAUAAAGGGCCAGACGGGACUAUCUUGAUUAUCUACGUGGAUGACGCAAUAAUGGCAGGGCCGACAGACGAGAUAAUUACUUCAUAUAUCUCGAAACUGGAGGCGAGAUUCAGCCUCAAGAUGAUCGGCGAGCCAACACGAUUUCUCGGCUAUGAUAUUAAGCGAGACUACUACACAAAUACCAUUUUUCUUUCCCAGAAGGCCUACGCCACCAAAAUAAUUGCUCUCGCUAAUAUAGGGACCCGUGAAGCGGACCUACCAAUGGCAGCAAGGUGGAAGCAUACAGAAGACCUCCCACUAUCUGAAUCAGAUAAAGCAGACGAAUAUCCACGCCGUACGGGACGCCUCAACUGGCUGACGAGAACCCGCCCCGAUAUCCAAUUUGCAACCUCGUAUCUCCUACGAAGGAACACGAAGGCGAAUAAGGCAGAUUUCGCCGCCAGCUCACACCUCUACCGCUAUCUCAAGCGGUUCCCCGAUAGAGGCCUUAACCUAGGCAAGAUCCCCGCUGAAUCGUUGUAUGGAUACGUCGAUUCAAGCCAUGCAGAUCAAGAAGGCGCACGAUCCACGGAAAGCUUCAUUUUCUUCUAUAAGGGAUCGCCUAUAUCGUGGCAAUCAAAGAGACAGUCCAUCGUCGCACCCAGCUCUACGAUAGCUGAAUUUCUUGCGAUGGAUGCAGCCACUAAAGAGGCAAUUUGGCUCAAGAAACUGAUUGAAUCCCUGGACGAAUGCAUCAGCGGCCCCAUACAAAUCUAUAGCGAUUCCGCCAAUGCCAUGUCGUUGCUAAGCAAACCUGCAUACUCCACCUCAUUGAAAUGGAUUGAUCUACGCUACUUUUUCGUAAAGGAAGCGGUCGAGAAUAAGCUCGUUGAAUUUGCCUAUAUCGAUACUGAUCAGAACGUCGCUUACGGCCUUACUAAGGCCCUCCCCGGUCCGAAAUUCAACCGAUUCAGAGCUAGUCUCGAUUAG